CCUAAGGCGGGGGGUGGGGGGGGUGGGGGCAAAUGUGUAAAAUAGCCUCCAUUCUGGAAGAUAGAACAUCUGCAAAAUACGGAUUCAGGAAUGGACAAGGAUUUGCGGUUUCCCAAGUCAAAUCUUUCCCCUUUCUUUUUCCCCAUUAAAAGGUAGUCCUCAAUUCUUAAACAUACCUAAUUACUCUCCAUUUAAUUAAAACCUAGCUCGAAAAAGUCCUGACUUGUCAACCCAAACUUGUCUGCAAUAUUCCCAGAAAUUAAGCGGGGGCUGUUUUGUUCUAAAAGAUGCUGGGUAAUGAAUAACGGAUGGUUAAGUUUUAUUCCAUGCAAUGGAGGAGUUUUGGAAUCGGGAUUUGCAGGCGUAAUUUUGGGAUGCAGUGAGAAAUGCAAGAUCCAAGGAUGCCACCAUCAGAGGAAGAUAUGAAUCCUAAGUUAUGGAAAAAGAAAAGCUCAACUAACAAAGCACCCUCCUUUCCAUUAGAAAGGAGUGAUAUUAAAGGGGCUCAGCAGGUACUGGGAUCUCUACCACUAAGAACAGGGCAAAAGACAUCCAAAAGGAACUUGAAGAAAGAAAUCUCUCCAAUAUUUCAGCAACCUGAGAGAUCGAAUUCAGAUUCAAUACCAGACUCUUCUACAUCUGGAAAUGAGUACCGGGCACUGAGGCGGAAGUAUUUGCUACUGGAGGAAGAAAGCUUUGCACUGGGUAAAGAGCUGAAAGACGUUGUAGAUGAGGUAAAGGUACUUGAAGAUGAGAAGUUUGCCCUGCUGGAUCAACUUGUUGUAUUAGAAGGUCUGGUAGAUCCUUCAGAAAUGCAAUCUCAGGGAGUAUAGAUCUAUUAAGUUUUUUUUUUUUCCUUCAUUGCUGAUCCCCAGUAAUUUGCAUGCUUGUAUAUUGCUAUGGAAUUUAAAUGCUUAAGUAAUCAACUAAAGAUGAAGUUGAUGAAUCCCCGUUCAGUAUUCUUGUAGGCGUUCUUAGAAAUGCUUUUAAGUGAAAAUGAUGGCAAACUACUUGCAAAUGGUA